AUGCCCCAGGCCACCGCCUCGACACCAAAACCCCGGCCGCAGCCAACCGCCACAGGGCACAAACCCCGACGCUGCCGGCCCGUGACGGGGGAAGGCCCGCCGGGUGCCGCCACCGGCCCCCCCGCCACCACCCGGCGACACCACCCCACCCACCCACAAGCCACCGGGGCGGACCGGACCCCCUUCUUGCUUUCCAAGACACCCCCCCAGACCACCUACCCCCCCCCCGCCGUCCCUCCCCGCACCCGCGACCCAGGCCCCCUUCUCGCCACGGAGGGCAAGGGGGCUGCGGCGGGCAGCGGGGCACGAGCGGGCAAGGGCGCGCGAGGGCCGGACACCAAGGGCCAACACGGGGUCCCACCGCCCAAGGCCUCCAAGCACAAGGACGGUCCCGUGGCACCCAAGGACGCCGACCUGGCCCCCACGAGGCCGGACCCCGCGCGGACCUUCUCCUCCUCCUCACGACGGGACCGAGAGCACUUCGCCUGGGGACGACCACCCCCCAAAAAAGCCAUAGCGGCCCGGGGAGGGGACGACACCCAAACAAGCGGCGAGGCCGGUUUCGGUCCCGAGAGAGCGGAUCGAGGACACAAACGCGCCUUCAGGCAUCCGGUCGAGGCAAGGGCAGCGGGAGUCCGUCGGCGGCGGCGGGGAGGGGGGGAAAGCACAGCGGGCGAGGGCCGGGAGCGCGUGCGGGGGAGAGCCGGUUCGGGGAAGGGCGCGCCAACGAAGACGCAAGCCGGGCCACCAGGUAAACGUGCACGGGAUCCCACCGCCACCAGCACGAGAGCGGUCCCGCGACGCCCAGGACGCCAGCCGGCCUCAGCACCCUUGGCGCACCUCACCACGAACCGAGCCCCACACUGCUGGGGCCCAACCCCACGUGAACCCCCCCCGCCGCGGGGUCCCGUCUUGAACCUCCGUCUGUCCGGUCCGUCCCGGAAGUCACGACCCUGGGGGGAAGCGCCCCCAGGCGAGAGCGGCCCGACCCGUGCCCGGCACGCCACCGCCAGCGGCGACUCGGGACGGGAGCGGGCGGGCAGACAGCCGCUCGCGCGGCACGGGGAAGCGGGACGCGCGGGGGCGCCCCCCGAGCCCCUCGAGAGACAACGCCACGAGGAAGGGCGGCCGCCCGCGCGCUCGCACGCACGCGGGAGCCCCCACGCGCCGGACGCCGGCCAGGCCCGGCGGGACCCUCCCCCGACUCGGAGGGGGGAGGCGCAGGCCGCGGUAGGCAAAGAGCGGCGCUCGGCCCCCACCGCGGGGCCGGCAGAGUCAGACCCCUCGCAGAGAGGAAGUUCUGCCCAACACGCAACGGUAGUCACCCCGCACCGGUGGCCACUACGCGCAGAGGAGGGGCGGCGGCUGGGGGGUUCCGGUACCCCAAGGCACCCUCUCGGAUCGCUAGAGAAGGCUUUCUCACCGAGGGCGCAUCGCCCCCACCCAAAUCGUGCCCCCCCGCCCGUCCGGGCCCCGCGGAACGGCGUUCCGAAGGCCUGACAGCCAAGGGCUCCGGGGGGCGGGCGGUGGAUUCGCGCGGUAAGGAACAGGCACCACAAGGCAAUCCUGAGCGCUCGCGGCCGGGACCCCGGGAGGAGACCGCCCUUCGCCACGCCACGCACGCCAUGCUCGCGUCCCCGACCAACCGGGAGUUUUGCGCCUCCGGCGAGGCAACGACGAGCAGAGACAAAGCACGGCAUGCCAGGCAAAAAAGGCGGCAGCCCCUCGGCUGGCCAAGCGCCAGAGCGCGGGCUCGGCCCGCCGCAACCGGCUCACACACGCCCCACCAAGUCCAGUCCCCACAACACCACCAGCACAGCUUGCGGCGGGGGAUGACGAGGCACCCGCGUCCCACGGGGGGGGGCGGGGUGGGCCUCCCUUACCGACUCCACCACCCGCUCCUCGGACACGCCACCGACAGCGGUGGCCCGACGGAGGGGGCUCGCUGGGAACGGGAAACGACGCUACCGACUCGGCCUCAGGCACCUGAGACGACCUGGAGCGCUCCAGGGGCACCACGGAGGGCCACGCGCACAACGCGCUCAGCACGCCCAAGCGCGUGAGCAGCGCGGCGCCGGGACGGCCCUCCCCGUGGCGGGGAGGACCGCGCACCACACGAAGCCAGGGAAGGCAAGCGAGAGUGUCCGCUGCGUCGGGGGACCCCGGGCCCGCGAGCGCCGUCAGGCAGAACACGGGAAGGCGGGGUCGGGCCGGAGCCUGCACACACCCCCCCCGCACCCCCCACCUCACCGCCACGGCGGGCGGAGGCGAAGGAGCGAGGGGCCCGCGGGCAGAACGAGAAGAGCGGUCCCAUUCGCCAUGAACGUCCGUCCCUCGUCUGGCGCGGCUUAGGCCCGGCCCGGGAGAGCGCGAGAGCACCACAUCGAUCUGGCAAAACACAAGCGCCGAGAGGAGCCCGAGGAGGGGAGAAGCCGGUGAGGACAGCAACCCGAGGGGGAGCCUGUUUUGUUUUGUUUUUUUUCGGCCUCACCGGCACCCCCUCGAAAACCCCAGGGCAGGAACAGCCGGACAACCCGAGAGAGAGGAACGCCUGACACGCGGCACGGAGCCUUGCGGGACGGGAGGUUGUCACGACCACAGCCGGGUGCCCACAGAGUGGAGGACACAGGGUAAAGGACCCACGCGCCACCUGCCCACAACCGCCCUCGGGUGCUGGAGACCGGAGGCGGCACCAACGGCCUGGGCCACCUGGAGGCACAGGAGCCGGCGCACAGGCCCACGCGGACGGCUCAGGCCAGCGACGGCAGAGCCGGGCUUGGCAUCCCUGUCAAGCCCGGAGCCCCGCCACACGCCCAGAAGCCCACCUCCCUUAAGGAGAGGAUCGCCCAAACAUAACGUGCCAGCACCUACCUGGCGGCAAAAAGGGCUCAUUUCGGGCGAGAAAAUAGCCGCGCCGCCUGGCGUGGCCUAGCCACAGGUCACCGGGAUCUCCUGGGACCGUGUCCCGGCCACGGGCCCCAAGCACUAAUCCAUCGCCCCCGUCUCCCCCCGGAGCCCCCCCCGCGCCCCCCCCCCCCCCCCCCCGGGCCAUCUGGUCGACCCCCGGAACGUGGUGGCAGCCGGCAGCGAGUAGGGACUUGGCGGGAGGUGGAGCGGCCCGGAUAGGCCCGCCCCCGGGUCCGCCUUUCGUCCCCAAAUCGGGACUUUAGAAAUUCUCACCAAGUUCUGUGGAGGCCCCUGCGGACGCCCUCCUCCCCGGGCCUCAGGACCGCCCCAUGCCGGUCCCCGACUCCCGGCCGGGACUGAGGAAAGGGGGCGAUGCCGCGGAGGCGUCCCCCCGAAGGCCGGACCUCAACGGGAACCGCAGCCGGGCCCCUGGGGCCCUCGCGGCCCGGCCCGGCCCGGCCCGACCCGGUCGGGUCCCCACCUCCGCAGCGGGCCUCGGAAAACUUGUUAAGAAUAUCGGGUCCGGGGCGCCUGGGUGGCUCAGUUGGUUAAGCGACUGCCUUCGGCUCGGGUCAUGAUCCUGGAGUCCCGGGAUCGAGUCCCGCAUCGGGCUCCCUGCUCGGCGGGGAGUCUGCUUCUCCCUCUGACCCUCCUCCCUCUCAUGCUCUCUGUCUCUCAUUCUCUCUCUCUCAAAUAAAUAAAUAAAUAAAUAAAAACCUUAAAAAAAAAAAAAAAUAUCGGGUCCGAUGACCGGGACCCCACGCGUGCCCGCGGCGGGGCCCGUCGCGCCAUCCAUGGGCUUCCCCGCAAGGCUCAGGCCGGUCCCCAACCGCCCGAGCGUGACACGGAAGGCCCAACGGCCGACCGGAGCCACGGGCCGGAUGGCGUCCGGGCGCCCGACGCAGCCUCUCCCAUUCCCGCGGGCGGAGGAGGGGGCACCGGCGGGUGCUGGUCGACCCGUCCAGGCGGCCACCCUAGCGUGGCUCUCCGGGAGCGAGGCGGCGGCGCCACCACCAGCCCACAAACCUGGAGGCUCAAUCUCCCGCGAGCGGAGGUCGCGCCGGUGGCCCGGAGACAGCGGGCCGAUCUCGCUAGCGUCGCCGGCCUCCCGGUACUCCGCCUCGGGAACCGCGGCCAAAUACAAUCCCUUGCCGACAUCGCUGACACUCCGGCGGGGACACGCUAUCUAAAAGCGGCCGCCAGGUGGCACCCGACAACCGGCGCGAACAACAACGAGGCAGAUCCGGAUCGCGGGCCCGCGAAGGCGCACAGCCCGGCCGCCCGGCCGCCCGAUCUCGUGGGGCACGGGCCUCCCACAGCGGCACACCUGCGGCGCCCGGGCUUCCGGGAGGACUUAAGACACAUUUCGGCGGGCAAGGACCGUAAAACCGAGACCAAGCGAGUACUCCGACAACCACCACGGAUGAACCUUCUCUCUUCUAUCAUUUUAAGGGGAGGAGGAGGUCUCUCUGAAGCAUACGAAGAAAGCUCAGGACAGGAAGGGGGGGGGGGGAUUGACACACACCCCCAGAAAGGAAAGAAUGUCCAAUGGAACAAAGACAGUCUCUUCAACAAAUGGUGUUGGGAAAAUUGGAUAGCCACAUGCAGAAGAAUGAAACUGGACCAUUUCCUUACACCACACACAAAAAUAGACUCCAAAUGGUUGAAAGACCUCAAUGUGAGACAGGAGUCCAUCCAAAUCCUAAAGGAGAACACAGGCAGCAACCUCUUUGACCUCAGCCAAAGCAACUUCUUCCUAGAAACAUCGCCAAAGGCAAGGGAAGCAAAGGCAAAAAUGAACUAUUGGGACUUCAUCAAGAUAAAAAGCUUUUGCAAAGCAAAGGAAACAGUCCACAAAACCAAAAGACAACCGACAGAAUGGGAGAAGAUAUUUGCAAAUGACAUAUCAGAUAAAGGGCUCGUAUCCAAAAUCUAUAAAGAACUCAUCCAACUCAACACCCAAAGAACAAAGAAUCCAAUCAAGAAAUGGGCAGAAGACAUGAACAGACAUUUUUCCAAAGAAGACAUCCAAAUGGCCAACAGACACAUGAAAAAGUGCUCAAUAUCGCUCAGCAUCAGGGAAAUCCAAAUCAAAACCUCAAUGAGGGCGCCUGGGUGGCUCAGUUGGUUAAGCGACCGCCUUCGGCUCGGGUCAUGAUCCUGGAGUCCCAGGAUCGAGUCCCGCAUCGGGCUCCCUGCUCAGCGGGGAGUCUGCUUCUCCCUCUGAUCCUCCUGACCCUCCCCCCUCUCAUGCUCUCUUUCUGUCUCUCUCUCUCUCUCAAAUAAAUAAAUAAAAUCUUAAAAAAAAAAAAAAAAA